GGACUUCAGGGGUAGCUCUCGGUCCGUUCCUGUGAAGCAGUGGGGCUAUACGAUGCCGGAGCGGGUGGGGACUGCCACUGUCUUUUACAACAGCUGCGGAGUUUAAUCGAAACAAAAGCUGCUGCGGAUUUUAAUAAGGGGCUCUUCUUUGUUCUUUUCCAUUAAAGCCAACAGCUUGAAGGUCAGGGCAGUUAUUUAAAAGCAUAGACAAAUGAUGCCGUUCAAGAUUUGCUGACGAUUCCCAUCUAGCCAGGAGCACAGUGUACUCGCGCGCUUCGCUCAUUCUUAGGGAACCUACCUCGGAGCUUGUGAUCAGCGGUCUACAGUGCUGUUGCAUCAAAAAGAAGAAGGGAUUGGCUUCCAAAAGACAUGGCUUAUCUUACCACACACACACGUGAAGAACUGCUGUAAUUUAUUUACCCAGGAGCGACUCUUCUCAGCAUGGUCCGUUCUGUCUAAUAGCUGGCACAGAGGAUGCGAUUAGUAGCCUAACGAAGCACCCUUAAGCAUUUCUCACUCAUUUACCAUACGCCGAUAAAGUUGAAAUUUAUUAUAAACGAUUUGGUCAGGAAAGGGCGAGGUGGAGAGAUUCAAUAUGUCAACUCCAACCAGAUUUAAAAAGGACAAAGAAAUCAUCGCCGAGUACGAAAGUCAAGUGAAAGAGAUCCGAGCCCAACUAGUGGAACAGCAAAAAUGUAUGGAGCAGCAGACAGAGAUGAGAGUUCAGCUUCUGCAGGACCUGCAAGAUUUCUUCCGUAAAAAGUCAGAAAUUGAGAUGGAAUAUUCUCGAAAUCUGGAGAAGCUGGCUGAAAGGUUCAUGGCCAAGACACGGAGCACUAAGGACCAUCAGCAAUAUAAAAAAGACCAAAAUCUGUUGUCUCCUGUCAACUGUUGGUAUUUACUACUGAAUCAAGUGAGAAGAGAAAGCAAGGACCAUGCUACACUUAGUGACAUCUACUUAAACAAUGUCAUCAUGCGCUUCAUGCAGAUCAGUGAAGAUUCCACCAGGCUCUGUAAAAAGAGCAAAGAAAUUGCUUUCCAGUUACAAGAAGAUUUGAUGAAGGUUCUCAAUGAACUUUACACAGUCAUGAAAACCUACCAUAUGUACCACACAGAAAGUGUGAGUGCAGAGUACAAACUGAAAGAGGCAGAAAAACAAGAGGAGAAGCAAAUUGGAAGGUCAGGAGACCCCGUUUUCAAUAUUCGCUUGGAGGAUAAACACCAAAGACGAAGCUCUGUAAAGAAAAUUGAAAAGAUGAAGGAAAAGCGUCAAGCUAAAUAUUGUGAAAACAAGUUGAAAUCUAUCAAAGCUAGGAACGAAUAUCUGUUGACUUUGGAGGCAACAAAUGCCUCAGUUUUCAAAUUUUACAUUCAUGACCUGUCAGAUUUAAUUGAUUGCUGUGAUUUAGGAUAUCAUGCCAGUCUCAACAGAGCUCUUCGGACCUAUCUGUCAGCAGAAUAUAACUUGGAGACAUCAAGACAUGAAGGCUUAGAUAUUAUUGAAAAUGCUGUUGACAAUUUAGACCCCCGUAGUGAUCGACAAAGAUUUAUGGAAAUGUAUCCUACUGCCUUUUGCCCUCCUGCUAAAUUUGAAUUUCAGUCACACAUGGGAGAUGAGGUUUGUCAAGUCAGUGCCCAACAGCCUCUCCAAGCAGAGCUUAUAUUAAGAUUCCAGCAGCUGCAAUCUCGAUUGACAACACUGAAAAUUGAGAAUGAAGAGAUCAAGAAAACCACAGAAGCAACUCUUCAGACAAUACAAGACAUGGUGACCAUUGAAGACUAUGAUGUCUCUGAAUGUUUUCAACAUAGUCGUUCCACUGAGUCUGUUAAAUCAACAGUAUCUGAAACAUACCUCAGCAAACCUAGCAUUGCAAAGAGAAGAGCUAACCAGCAAGAGACGGAGCAGUUUUAUUUCAUGAAAUUUAGAGAAUUUCUUGAAGGGAGCAAUCUCAUCACAAAACUGCAAGCAAAGCAUGACUUAUUAAAAAGAACACUUGGAGAAGGUCAUAGAGCAGAAUAUAUGACAACCAGCCGAGGAAGAAGGAACUCACACGCAAGACACCAGGAUUCAGGACAGGCUAUUCCACUGGUUGUUGAGAGCUGUGUUCGAUUCAUCAAUCUGUAUGGUUUGCAGCAUCAAGGGAUUUUCAGAGUUUCAGGGUCACAAGUAGAAGUUAAUGAUAUUAAAAAUUCAUUUGAGAGAGGGAAUGAUCCUUUGGCAGAUGAAGAAAAUAAUCACGAUAUUAAUUCAGUUGCUGGAGUUCUGAAACUAUACUUCAGAGGCCUGGACAACUCACUCUUUCCCAAGGAAAGGUUUAAUGACCUAAUUUCUUGUAUCAGAAUAGAUAAUCUCUAUGAGAGGGCUCUCUAUUUGCGCAAAAUCUUACUAACAUUUCCAAGAUCAGUCCUAAUAGUGAUGAGAUAUCUUUUUGCCUUCUUAAAUCACUUAUCACAGUACAGUGAUGAAAACAUGAUGGACCCCUAUAACCUAGCUAUUUGCUUUGGUCCCACAUUAAUGCCUGUUCCAGACAUACAGGACCAAGUUUCUUGUCAAGCGCAUGUUAAUGAGAUAAUCAAAACCAUCAUCAUACACAAUGAGGUCAUUUUCCCGGAUGCCAAGGAGCUAGAGGGCCCCGCAUAUGAGAAGUGCAUGGCUAGUGAUGAUUAUUGUGAUAGUCCCUAUAGUGAACAUGGCACUUUGGAAGAAGUUGAUCAAGACAUGGGGACAGAGCUGCAUACAAGUGAAGAUGAAUGUGAACCAAUUGAAGCAAUAGCCAAAUUUGACUACGCAGGUCGGUCUGCUCGGGAACUGUCCUUCAAGAAAGGAGCAUCGCUUCUCCUCUAUCACAGAGCUUCUGAUGACUGGUGGGAAGGUCGUCAUAAUGGAAUUGAUGGAUUAGUCCCUCAUCAGUACAUCGUGGUUCAAGACACUGAUGAUACAUUUUCAGACACACUGAGUCAGAAAACUGAUAGUGAAGCAAGCAGUGGACCAGGAGCUGAAGACAAGUGCUCCUCCAAAGACAUCAGCUCUCCGACAGACAGACAUCAGGACUCUUUUGUAAACAGGCACAGAAAGCGGACAGACCCUCCUUCAGCCCGUCGUUCCUCAGGUCGCUCAAAUGAUGGUCACUGUAUAGUCCAUCCACCUCAUACACUGGUCAAUACACCACUGGAACUAAGUUCACCGAGCAAUGGUAAUCAAGGAAACCACUUCAGCCCACGGAUUCUGUUACAGACCCGUAACUUAGUAAUGGACAGCCCAGAAAGAAGGCGCCGUGCAGGUCAUGGCAGUGUGACCAGUAUUAACCGCCAUGAGUCUUUAAAGAAAAUGGAGAGCCCUCCUAUCCGUAGGUCCACCUCAUCAGGCCAAUAUACUGGCUUCAGUGAGCAUCACAAACCACUAGAUCCUGAGACUAUUGCCCAGGAUAUCGAAGAGACCAUGAAUACAGCUCUGAAUGAGCUGCGUGAGCUGGAGCUGCAGAGCACCGCCAAGCAUACUCCCGAUGUUGUUCUGGACACCUUGGAGCAGAUGAAGAACGCCCCCACCCCGGCGAGCUCUACUGAAUCCUUGAGUCCGCUUCACAAUAUCAUACUGAGAGGAAGUGAGCCCUCCAUGCGUCGCAGCACUAGCUCCACCAGUGACACCAUGAGCACCUUCAAGCCUGUGGUAGCCCCUCGAAUGGGAGUUCAGCUUAAGCCACCAACACUACGGCCAAAGCCGAUUGUUCUUCCCAAGACUAAUCCUGCACACGGGCCUCCACCUCCUGCCCAAGGCUCCUCGGACAAAUCUUGCACAAUGUGAGCAGGACCACGUAAUAAGAAUGUGGACAGAUAAAUGAAUAAGUAACCAAGAGGUCCAUUGUUUGGUCAUAUGUUAAAAAGAUCUUAAAUAUUGAUAGUAAAAUGUGUUUGCAAGCUGGCAGUGUAUUUUUCAGUGUCUAGAAAAUCAGUGUAUCAAGUUAUAAACAAAUUAACAAAGGGCAUUUAUACUUUUUUUCAAUGAAAACUGGACUUAACGUAACUUGUAUGUUUGUAGAGGACAGUAAGCUAACCAGGACUACAUGGAAGAUGUAUCAUAUGCUGUACCGCUAACAUUUACAAAGAACAGGGGACAAGCGACACCGAUCACAGUCACUGGUCACUUAGCUUGCAGGAUAAAAAACAAAAAAAAUAAACACCAACUUGUGGGCAGAACACCAACUUGUGGGCAGAUACUUGCAGGAGUUUACUGGACACUUGCAGAAGGAUGCAAGUCCAUCUUUAAAUGUUAACGUUUCAUUCUGGGGGCCUCACUAUUUGUAAAUUAGCCUCGGAGAAUACAAACCACUUUUUGACAGCUCCCUCAGCUUUUUUGUGUCUUUUGCUUGUGGAAACCUCGGGUAGGUCUGCUUGACUGUACCGAUUGUGUUUCUCCACAACUUGGGGAAUGUAUUCUUGAAAUAAUUUCAGUAGCUCGACUCGGCCCAAGUACGCAGCACAUUUACUGCACUUAAGGUUUAGAGUGUCAUGACAAAAGGAAAGGUGCACGUGGUGGAAGUCCUGCUGUGUUUCCUAACGUGUGGCUAACUUUCUUUCCUUAGGUUUUGGUACAUUUCUCUGUCCAUCCCUAAUAUCAUUGGGGGAAUUCUGAAAACAAUGAUUCAUAUGGUAGCCAUCGACUUUGUGACUGUUACUUACAGUGUCAUUUAUGAUGACCGUAGAUCAUUAUUACAAUUUUAAGUUUCCAAAGCACUCUGCAUCAUUUCAAUGUCUGUUUUUGUUUGGGAUGUACAGAUAUUAUUAUAAGUUUUCAUACAGAAAACCGGUCUCCAUAAUGCCUCAAUUACAUUUCGAGAAUGGGAAAGGAUGACAUUUGCCUUCUUCUGCAUGCUCUACUACAGGGGUGUGCAAAGUCAUUCCUGGA